UUAGCCUAGGGAUUCUUAAUAGAUUGCAUUUCAUUAGGCUACCUGAUUUCUCAGUGAACACAACGCAAAACUAGCCUUCUGAAGGAGACUCAAGACUCAAGACUACGACGCUACAGACAUGCCGAGUAAAGUCGCGUCACGAAAAAGCUCUCGGUUGAAUUCAACAGGAUACUACAACGUUGAGGGAGAACCCUUUAUUUGCUACAAGGAAACCACGCGCAAGAUUUUCAGAAGACAUCAUAGGAACACUUCUCAGUUAAGUACCAGCUACAGAACAGAAAAACAGAAGAACAGAAACACAGACAGUGACAUAUUCACUAACCAAAACAGCAACAUACUUAGUAUCCAAAACACCAACAGCAGGGCCUCCACUGUGUUCAAGAUUUUUGGCAUUCUCUUCUUCCUAGUCCCCCUGUGUUUUGGAUUGGCAUACUUGAUACCGACUCUGAACAGCAGCUUUCUGGACUCUGGACCCUCAGAAUCUCCUGUCUCAACUUACGUUACCAAUACGACUAAGGCUGUAUCGUGUGAAGAGCUAGCAAAGCAAAUAAGAAAGCUGCAGGACAAGCAGCUGAGGUUAGAAAACUACCUGCUACCGGUGGCGGACACACUGCCCAACUAUGCUCUGGAGUCGCAAGGGGCCUGUGUUAUAUCUCAUCUCUCCUCAACAACAUACCAUGCACAAGCAGGCUGGAGUUUUCUCUGGAUACCUAUGUGGCUAAAAAGUGCAAACCCAGGGACUGUAAUUAAGGGAGGCUCAUCCCUGGUUAUAGGGCACUGCUGGCCCUUUGCAGGUGAGCGUGGACAUUUAUUCAUCACCCUGUCCCACCCAGUCACCAUAAGCCACGUGUCACUGAAUCACUUUUCAAGGAACCUGUCCCCAACUGGCACCAUUACUAGCGCCCCCAAGGAGUUUUCUGUCUGUGGCAUGAAGACUUUUGAUGAAGAAGGAACCCUACUUGGAACCUUUCUUUAUGAUCAGGAUGGGGACUCAUCACAGACUUUCAAACUGCCUGAUCAUAAAAAAGGUGUCUUCCACCAUGUUAAGCUGCAAGUCGAGACCAACUGGGGCAAUCCUGAAUACACCUGUCUGUACAGUUUCAAGGUCCAUGGGACGCUGGCAGAUGAAGGACACAAAGGAGCAGACAGGACACCAACAUCUGGGUGCAGAGACAGAUGAGUAUGCAUUUGUGAAAAUUAAAUCAGAUUCCAACCAUCUGUGGAUAAAUAGACUUAAUUUAACCUUGUGUUGUGGAAUUUGCAGUCAUAAAAUACCAGCAAGUGUUAGGUUUAUUUUUU